CUCGGAGUUCUGUCAGGGAGCACACAGUUUUGCCAGACCUAGGUCUAGACCUCCGGCAACCUUGCCAGACCACGUGAAAGGACAACCGGUUAUUGUGAGUUGACAAUGCCUUGAACUUAAGUGUUUCUGUCCAAUCGUCAUCACAACAUGCGAGCGUAUGUGGUGAACAAGUGGGUCCACCCGUCUGAACUCAAGCUUGUCGACAAUGUGCCAGAGCCGAAAGCCGCAGGCGACGAGAUAAUUGUGGAUGUAUAUUCGUCAGGGCUGAAUUUCUUCGAUAUAUUGCAAUCUCAAGGAAAAUACCAAGUCAAACCUCCAUUUCCUUUCACUCUCGGUGCGGAGUUCGCAGGCAAAGUUGCCGAAGACUCUCCGAUUCCAAAGGGUUGUCCGUACAAGCCUGGCGACAGAGUUUUUGGUCAAGCACAAGGAUGUUUCGCAGAUAAAGUCGCUGUCAGAUGGCAGGCUGCGAACAGGCUUCCGGAUAACAUGACUUACGAUCAGGGUGCAGGACUAUUCAUUACAUGGCCGACUAGCUACGAGGCUCUGGUUGGUCGUGCAGAGCUCAAGCCAGGCGAAUCUAUCCUCGUCCAUGCGGCUGCCGGCGGUGUUGGCAUUGUUGCUGUUCAAUUGGCCAAAGCACUAGGUGCUACAGUCAUUGCUGCAGCUGGAUCACAGUCUAAACUUGAUAUUUGUAAGACGUACGGGGGAGCCGAUUAUACGAUAAACUACACAGAGAAGGACUGGCAGAAAGAAGUAUUGCGAAUCACCAAUGGUAAAGGCGUAGAUGUAGUCUAUGAUCCAGUUGGGCGAAUUGCUGAAUCACUAAAAUGCAUCGCAUUCAAAGGGAGAGCCCUCGUAGUCGGCUUCGCUGCGGGCCAGAUAGAGAAGCUUCCACUAAACAUGGUACUACUAAAGAAUAUUAGUGUCAUGGGCAUCUUCUGGGGCUUGUAUACCUCCAAGGAGCCAUCUCGCAUUCCCAUAGUAUGGGAGGAACUGCUAGGGUUAUUCGCUUCUGGUCGCAUUAAACCUAUAAUAUAUGAGAAGGUCUUCUCCCUGGACGAGGUCACAGUAGGGUUGGAUGCACUAGAGAGACGACAAACGUGGGGCAAGGUGAUUGUGCGCGUCAAGGACGAGGGGCAGAGGAUCGUAGCGAAGCUUUAAGCCUUUAAGCAUCUGCUAGUAGUAGUAGUAAUCUGCUUAUCAUUGGUUGUUGGGUGCACGGGGUCCUCUUUACACCGAGCAUUGGGUUUUACUCAGAUGCCGCUUACCUCCAAACCACGACUGUAAUACUUGAUUGAAGUCCUUCCAUUCUACAACUAGUCAUGCAGACAUAUGAGGACAAC